AUGGCCAUUGGGGGCAGAUCAACAGCAGCGCCAGACACCUUUUCAGUCGCCAUUCUCGGCGGUGGAAUCGGUGGUCUGGCCAUGGCCCUGUCCCUAACCACACAAGUCCCUUCUCUCAAGAACAUCACCGUCUACGAGCAAGCACCGGCAUACAAAGAAAUCGGAGCAGGCAUCGGCAUCGGCGUCAACGCAAGCCGCAUCCUCAAGCGCUACGGUGUCUACGACGCUGCCAAUGCCAUCUCUGGCGACCGCAACGGCAUCCACCGCAGCUUGAGGCGAUGGGACAAUGGCGAUGAGAUUGUGUCUGUCGGCGCCAUGGAUGAGGAGGCGAGCAACGGUGGCGUGCGCCAGCUGAGCGUUCAUCGUGCCGAGCUCCUUCAAGUUCUGUAUGAGCAUCUUCGAGACACUACCUGCGCCAAGUUGGAGACGGACAAGAGAGCUGUUGAGAUCAUCGAGGAUCAAAAGGGCGGCAAGGCGGUGAUUCAUUUUGCAGACGGCACCCACGUCUCGGCUGAUCUUGUCAUUGCCUGCGAUGGCAUCCACUCCAACGUGCGACGACAGUUCUCCAAGGGCAACGACUUGAUGCCUCGCUACUCAGGCCGCGUCUGCUAUCGCGGCCUUCUACCCAUGUCUGCCGUCGAGGAAGACUGGCCAUACGACUCCUUUGCAGUCUCGUGGCUCGGCCCCAGCAGACACUUCCUCGUCUUCCCCAUUUCUCAAAACAAGACACUCAACGUCGUCGCCUUUGUGUCAAAAACUGAGGCCGAGCUUGGCGCUCUGAAAGAGAGUUGGUCGAGCACUGCACCUCGUUCUGAAGUCGAGGCUGAGUUUUCUGGCUGGGACGAGACUGUCCAGAAGGUGGUUCGCGCCAUGGAGCCCAGGCCCGGCAAGUGGAAGUUGAAUGACCGCGAGCUGCUCGACCAAUGGGUCUAUUUAGGAGGAAAAGUGGUGCUUGGCGGCGAUGCUGCUCACGCUAUGCUUCCUCAUCAAGGCUCCGGUGCCGGCCACGCAAUCGAAGACUCGUUCGUCAUGGGCCAAGCCUUAAAGGCCUUCUUCGAAAACCCAUCCGCCGGCCUAGAAACAUACAUGAAGCUCUACCAGGAAACAAGACUGCCGAGAGCGCAGAGAGCUCAGCUGACAUCUCGUCAAGCAGGCGACGGCUACGAGAUGCAAGGCCCCGAGUUUGCCGGCUUAGUUUUUGAGCAACGUUUGCAGGUCAUUCAUGACAAGUUCAAGGACCGAAUGACUUGGGUUUGGGGUCACGAUCUGGAGGCGGAUUUUAAUGCGACCAGGACUCGCCUUGGCCUAUAG